AUGGUUUCUGCUCCCGUUAAGAUGUCUCACCAACAUCGUUCAUCGCCCCCCACCGCCGAAGAGAAUCGUUCUACUUUGAAUGAUUUGACUUCAUAUAACACACGCGGUAGAGUGGAACCAAAUGCCCUCGACAACUUGCAUACGAACCAAGCUUCCGAAGCUGGCUCGACAGUUCCUAGUCCCUGCCGAAGACACAGUCUUUCAGCUCUUUCAGAUGCGACUCUGUCUCCUGAACCUAGCCCUGAUAUCCAUCAAGGUGCUUAUGUCCAGAAUAUGGCAGUGGCAGACGACCUACAGAGUCAAGGGCAGCCAUCGAUGAUCGAUUUUGCGGGAUACCCAGAGGGUGUAUUCGCGUACCCAACCAACGACCUAUCUUUUGGACAAGAUCUCUUUAAUCCGCUCAUUCAUGCUCAGCAAGGACCAAUGCUCCCUUCAAUUGAAUCUUCCCCUUACAUGGUUAUGCCGCAAGUUCCAGUGGCCCAAUAUUCCUCCGUCCAGCAUCCCUGCCACCAGGUCUAUGCAGCCUUGCUUCAAGAUAUAGACAAUCCAUUCGCCGAUUAUUUGCGGAGCAUCUAUAUAACACCAAGCUAUAUUCCUCGCAACGUCGGCGUACUGGGCUACUUCAACAGCCAGCUGCCACGAACAGUCCCUGCAGGCAAUGCAUGGACAAGCGCUGUGGACCACCGCUACAAGGUUAAGCAGGCCCCAAAACCAGAUGGGGUCCUUGGUUUAAGGGACAUCAUCAUCAACGCAGAGGUCCACUACCAGGACCUAUAUGACGCAUUCAUAUCCACCGACAGUGACGAUGAAGACACAGUGGAGACACGCGAAACCAAGAAGUUCCGAGACCAUUCAUACCUCAAAGAAAAGGAUGAGGACAUCAAGGCAACCUGUCGUCUGAUUCUCAUUGCCCUUGUCGAUCGUGUCAUCUCUGGUUGGCGAGGAAACGAAAAUCCUCGUGCAAUGAAAAUGGAUGAUGAUCUCAACGCAUCGGAUCGCUUGCAAGAGAUCAUUACGACGUUGCGAAAGGCCAAAUCCGCAUGUAGGGACUUGCUAGAAUCAGACGGAAAAAUUCAGGUCCUGGUACAUUGUCCCUCUACGCUGGGUUUCAGGAAGGCUCUCCAACUUCGAGGAAACAAAAAGAAGGCCGAUGACCUUAAAAGGUUGCGAGGAAAAGCAACACUGAGCGGUGCAAAGGCACCCAUUAGUGGUGCUAAACCCACCAACGGGGUAAAGCCAGAUGUAAACGUCGGGAACCUAGAUGUCGACGAUGGAAAGCCAGAUGUCACUGGUAAAAAUCGCCUACCUAGAAUGAGUAAGAGGAAGGCCAUGGACGACGAAGGUGGAAACGAAGAGCAAAUACAACCUGCUCAAAAGAAGACUCGUCGUAGUGCAAAUCUACACAGUGUGUCUUCGGUAGGCAGGCCAGCCAAGCGCAAACGAACUGAGCUCGAUGAAGAUUCGGCGGACGGACCAGUACGACCAGCGAAGGGACUCCGUGUUGAUGCAGGACCGCAUCAUCAUGCACCUUACACUCCCGAAUCGUCGACUGGUGAUUGCCUUCAAGCAAGGACGACAUCACCAACCCCCGAAUAUCUGUGGUCGUAUACACAGACAUCCGCAACGCCCAGCCAGCCACCCACUGGCAUCUACCAGCCACCUAUCGUCGGAACAGCUCUCAACGAUGCUGUUCAGGGGCCUAAUGGUAUAUAUUCUCCCCGCGUUACAUCUGAAGACGAUCCAAGUCUUCUGGAUCAAGACGGCCUUGAAGAGCUACCUGAUUGA